GCAACUACCUUACCUUCUCAAUUGAACGUUUGGUGCACUUUUUCCGUUUUUUCCACUUCACUUGCAUCUUCCGCGACAAACCCUACCCACGAGAGAGUACUGGAAUCACCACCUUGUAGGUUCCAUUCACAUACCCAUUAAACCAUUUCAACGCAUUUUCAUAAGCGCGAGUUUGUGGUUGAAGAGAUGUUGAUUGGUCACGCAGAUCACACAUCGGAGACUAGAUCAUUCAAGGAUCAGAUAUUUUCAGUUCCUGUGUCUGAAUCAGGCGAUGAUGAAGAGGAAGAUUUCUUGGAAGAGAUACUAUAUUCAGCAUCCUUUGAAGAGCUUGCAAGCAAUAGUGUUAAAUAUGACACAGUCAUAUGGCUUGCUAUAUCAUUACUUCUGGUUUUGGCUUGGGGAGUUGGCCUUAUUAUGUUGCUUUACCUUCCCAUCAGGAGAUAUGUGCUUCAAAAGGACUUGUCUUCCCGCAGAUUAUAUGUUACACAUACUGAAGUGGUUUACAAGGUAUCAAGGCCUUCUUUUAUACCAUUUUGGGGGACUGUAACAAUUGAGAGGCGCGUACCUCUUUCUCUGGUGAUUGAUAUUAUUAUUGAACAAGGUUGCCUGCAGUCUAUAUAUGGUAUCCAUACUUUUCGAGUUGAAAGCAUUGCACAUGGAAAAGCUGCUCCUGUAGAUGAACUACAAGUUCAGGGGGUUUCUGACCCUUCUCUUUUAAGAAAGAUGAUUAUAACAGAGGCUUCAAAGGUUGCGCAAGAUGGGGGUAAAAGUGGGAAGCUUGCUGCUCCAAGCACAGAUUUGGAAAACAUGGCUCCCAUGCCAGCCGCAACUGAUGGAUCAUUUGUUUUGAGAUCACCAUCAAAAAGUUUGAAGAUGACAAGCUCGCCCCAUACUUCGCUAGAGCGCAGAGUGGGCGGAGGAUAUCUUCUCAAUAAACUUGAAGAAGUCAAUAAAUCAGUAAAGAGACUUGAGAUGCUUAUUGAGAAGUCGCACGCUUCUUCCUCUGGCAGCUGAAGGUACCAUAGUUUAGCACUGCAAGAUUUGAAUUCAAAGGAGUUUCCAACUUAAUAGUACCUUAUUUAUAACUAAGGAAAUAGUAAAUAAGGAUGAUGUGAUUAUCUUUGUGCUACUGAGUCACUAUUAUGAUUGACUCUAGAGAAUCCUGGCUGAGGAUUGUAGAUGUUUAGUCAGUUUAGAAUCUCAAAAUGUGAUUGCAUUAUUUGUUUUUAUUAGUUUCUUCCAUUGUCUGUUAUCUGUUUUGAAUUUCAAUUGUAUAUAACCCAAUUGGUAUAUUUCUUUGCCAAAAGUCUCUAUUUUUUUUCUUCUUCCA